GGCUCUCCCACCCUCGCGCGUCUUUCUCCGCUUCCCUGUCACUGUUACUCCGGGAGACGUUCACUUUUCACCAACCUUUCUCCAAACAUCUCCAAGCCACUGACUAUAUAUAUUUUGCUACAAGAGACCUAGAAGAGGAAAAGAGGCACGAGACUUUUCAACACAUCGUUUAAAAAAAAUCAACAACGAAUUUCCCGAAAUGUUUGAGAACAAUUAAAAGGAAAAGCCGUUUUUGAUCUAUCAACUAAGUGAACAAUCAUUCCCAUCGUCCACAUCCUGAGAUAUUAUCGUCCCUCGCUGUGGACACCAGCGAGAUGACAGCUGCUUUUUCAUUUUUGAAUGUAAUAAAUAUUUGCUGCUUCUAAUAUAUUUCGGAAUUUCUCCCUGCUAUUCCCUGGGAUUUUAACUCUAAAAGAUUGGAGAAAAGAUUAUCGAAAAGGCGUUUACAAGCCUCCAAAAUGAUGCUGAGUCCAGACCAAGCCGCCGACUCGGACCACCCCAGUUCGGCGCCCUCGGACCCGGAGUCGCUGGGUGGCGCGGACGCCAAGGUGCUGGGCAGCGUGUCGGACCUGGAGCCGGUGGAGGAGGCCGAAGGCGACGGCAAGGGCGGCAGCCGGGCCGCGCUCUACCCGCACCCGCAGCAGCUGAGCCGCGAGGAGAAGCGCCGCCGCCGGCGAGCCACGGCCAAGUACCGCUCGGCCCACGCCACCCGCGAGCGCAUCCGCGUGGAGGCCUUCAACCUGGCCUUCGCCGAGCUCCGCAAACUGCUGCCCACGCUGCCCCCGGACAAGAAGCUGUCCAAGAUCGAGAUCCUGCGCCUGGCCAUCUGCUACAUCUCCUAUCUCAACCACGUCCUGGAUGUGUAGGGCCGGGGUCGCGGCGCGGGGCCGCCUGGCCGGGAGUGGGUGAAACGCGGCCAACCCGGGCGGCCGCCGCGGCGAUGGAGGAGGAAGCGGUGGCGCAGCGGGACGGCCGCCGCCACGGCCUUGGACCGGGUAGGAGGCUCGCACCGUGUUCUCUCCUGUCGGCAGGGCGACUCUGGAAGGU